UUGUACAUCGAAGGUUCAGCAGAUACAUUUACAGUGGCAUGAAGGGAGCAGAAAUCAAACAAAUGGAAAGCUGACGAAGAAAGGAAAUGUUGAAGGUUUCCAGUUCUUGAUCUGUUUAUGGCAUGUCAACUUACUAAGUCAAAAAUUAAGAACGUGAGGUUUCCGGAGCUGGCCAAGGUUUUAAAGAUGACGCGUGAGUUAAGCUUAAAACUGCUACAUGGCGUGUGAAUUUUACAGAAAGGCAUGAUAAUUAUUAUGAAAGGAGGGAGAGGUUUAACAAGUUCUCCGGUUAGAUCGAUGUAAAGAUCGACGUACUGAUGCAAAUGAAAUGCCAAAGACGCCAUGUUCCCGUCAAAAUGUCACAGGAAGCCGUGCGUGGAACUACUAAACAUUAGCAUGGCGUGCAUUAGUUACUUUCAGUCAGGCAUCAAGGCUAAUCAGAAGGCAGCUGGCACGAAACUCAGUGUAUGUUUUGUCGCGAAGUACAGCCACUGCGACACGUGUAAAUUGGCAAGAAAUCUCAAAGUUUCCACUAAGGUGACUCACGCGAGAUACUUCUUCAAAAUAUCGUUACAUCUUGCUGACAUUCACGACCAAAACGACUUAUAAUCUGGUUUUAGUCAGGUCGAAAAGGACGACAGGGCCCAUGUGAAACAAUCAGAUCGAACGCAAAUGGAAAGGACAGGGGAAAAAUACCCAACUGGUUUGUAGAGGAAAUAUUUCGAGAAAUUUCCUGCUUUGAAAACAACAGUUCUGCCAGCGCACGAAGAUUGGGAAAUUGAUAUUAAAGUUCGGUUCAGGCAUUUUCAGGUCUCCAAGCUUUUAAAGAGAGGAAGGAUUCAGUAAUAUCAAAAGACACUGACUGAUGAAGGGAAGCUAGAAAAAAUUAUCACCAUGGCUGUGGGUUUAGUUGUGGUAAUAGUGUUCAUGAUUGUGUUUACUGUGAUUGGGAACACUACAAUCUGCUACAUUAUCUACAGAGUAAGGCGUCUUCAUUCCCCUUCCUGCAUUUUCCUAGUGAAUUUGGCCAUCAAUGACAUUCUGGUGGCAUUAUUUCUUCUACCUUUCAGCAUCGCGACCACUGCAAGUAAUUACAUCGUCGUGAGUGAAACUGGCUGCGACAUUAUUGGGUUCUUCCAACAUGCCACAAGCGCAGUCUCAGUUUUGACGCUUCUGUCUGUUAGUAUGGACAGAUAUCUAGCCAUACUGACUCCUCUGAAAUACAAAGGCUGGGUGACCCGUAAUCGGACUGUUUUGUGUAUAUUUGUCAUCUGGUUUUAUGCGUUGCUAUCGGCGUGUUAUCCUCUUCUGGGAUGGAGCCGUUAUGACGCUUUCCCUGGACAGUGGCUUUGCGAAUCCGAUUACCACAUAUCCGUCAGUUUUACUUACUUCAAAAUGACUACAAUCUACUUUAUGCCACUGGUUUCUAUCAUUUUUAUUUACAUCAGUAUAUUACGAGUAGCCUUACGUCAUUCGAAACAAAUCGCCCGCGAAGUGAAGGCAUUGCGUCAAAGGGAAAUGGCUGCAGUACUUGAACCUGAACUUAGUGCGCAAGUGUCAGCGGCAGUCAUAUCGGGACAAUAUUGCAUGCGCAAGCCGCAUUCUGCCCUAAGAGCGGAUAUCAAGACAGCUUUGACAUUGGCCUCCAUCGUCGGAGUGCUUUUUAUCGCCUGGACACCAUAUAUAGUAGUGAAUCUGUGGUCUUCGCAUUCAGGGAAUUAUGGGACAGAAUUACUACAGUCCAUUGUCUCUGGACUUUAUUACUCCACAGGAGUUAUAAAUCCUUAUUUAUACGGGUAUUUGAACAGGAUUAUAAAAAGAGAAUUUAAACUUUUUUGGACAAAUACUCGUAGGUCUAUUUCUCAGAUAAGAGCAAACAAAAUCCAACACGUGGAAAUAGCACCACGAAAGUCGUCCUAAUCGGAAGACAUCUUUAUCCUGUUCAGAAAAAUUCCACAUCAGAUUUCACGUUUGUUUCAUGCUCCAGCGCGCGUCCAUCGAGACACAAAGCCCUUGGAGAGCACUCAAGAAGCUCGUAUUUUUCUUGGCUUCGUAUUAUCUCACUUGCUCUUCAAACUCCCCGUAUCUCGAUGAACGCACGCUAAAGUAUGAAGUACUUAUUUUACAUUAUUUUCAACGCAGUAAUUUAAGUGUUUUAAACAAAGAAAUUCCCCAUGCACAUUUCGCUUCAAUGCGGACGUACGCUUUAUCAACGGGCGCAAAAGAAAUAUGAAGCACGCCGUUCGGAUGAAUAAAGAAAACUUUUCAAAAAUUAAGACUCCUUAUUUUUCGGUGGACAAGCUUUCCCUCGACAAGUCUCCUUGCUCAAAGUCCGAGAAGCCGGACCUGCCAAGAAAGUACUUGUCAUGUUGUAAAUUUCAAUUUCCAGGAAAAUUUGUUUCAAAGGAAACCUUGUCGGCUUGAGAGGAAUAAAUGCGCUAUAGUGCACAUAAACUUGUGAGAGUCUGUGUAAGAUCAAGUAAUAGACCUAAAUUAUUAGUUAAAAUGGUGAGAACAAAGUUUCCUACUUAUAAUGAUCUGUACUCAGUGCUCUAAUAAAUGUAAAGUAACUCACUAA